GAGAUAUUAAAGCUAUCCAUGAGACUUUGGCUUCAUUGUCACUUUAUUUCUGGAGUCUGGUGGUUGUACUGUGCCUUUUUUAUUUAAAGGUUGGAAUGACCAAUUUUUGUUGCUGAUAUUUCCAUAAUAUAUAUUGUUGAAUAACAUACAUAAGAAUGGAGGCCACAGCAAAUUACCAGUCAGGGGAGAAGCCCACCAGUCUAGAUGAGGUCAUCCCUGACUUGCCUUCUGGCCCUCUGGAUCAGCACAGGAGUCGUGCCACCUUCAACUGGAAGGUCAUGAAGGCAUACCUUGAUCCUCCCUACAUCAUUCAACUCAUGGACAAAGCCUGCAAAUUCUUGGAAAAUGACCCAGUGUUCCAGCAUAGGGAUGGAGACAUGACUUUAGAGGAAGAGAGGCAGAUAACUUACAAACGUGUCAGAAAGCUCAUGAGUCAUGAAUUUGUGGAUGAAGAUGAGAUUAUGUAUGAUUAUAGAAAGGGUCCAGCCUUGAACAUCGUGAUUGGGGGUUAUGAUUGGUCCUUAGCUGCCCGGAAGGGACUCUUGACUAAUUUCAUAUCUUCAGGAAUUAUGGGUCUAGGGACCGAGAAGCAUUACCACUAUCUUGAUGCUCUCAAGAAUUUUGAGAUAGGAGGAUGCUUUUGUCUAACAGAAAUAGCUCAUGGCACCAAUACCCGAGGCAUGAGAACUGAAGCCCGCUUUGACUCCAAGACCCAGAGCUUCAUCCUCCACACUCCAGAUUUUGAGGCUGCAAAGUGUUGGGCAGGGAACUUAGGGAAAACUGCAAGCCAUGGUUUGGUUUUUGCACAAUUGUACACCCCUGAUGGAGUUUGCCAGGGCCUUCAUUGCUUUAUUGUACCUCUUCGUGAUCCUAAGACCUUGCUGCCUUACCCAGGAGUCACAAUAGUAGACAUGGGGCAUAAGUUAGGUCUUAAUGGUGUAGAUAAUGGAGUUAUGAUGUUUGAUCAUUAUGCCAUCCCUCGUGAUAAUCUCCUUAACCGAACUGGUGAUGUUACACCAGAAGGAGUUUAUGAAACACCUUAUAAAGAUCCGAACAAGAGGUUUGGUGCAUCCUUAGGAAACCUAUCAGUAGGACGUGUAGGAAUCAUAGGGUUUGGAGUUGUCCACUUGAGAAAGGCUUUAACCAUUGCAGUUCGUUAUUCUGCUGUUCGCAAGCAGUUUGGGCCAGGUCCAGAAGAGUUGCCUGUGGUAGAGUAUCCUCUGCAGCAAUGGCGUCUGUUCCCCUACAUUGCAGCAACAUAUGCCUUGGAUAACUUCACAAAGUGUUUCCAUAGGUUAUUUGCCGAGUUUCGCAUGGAAAUGCUGGAUGCCACAGACAAGGAUAGAGUAGUAAGAAAUUCAUUUGUAUUUGCACCCUUUUGUGAAAUCUGAUCCCUCAACCCUGUGAUGCCAGGAUAGUGAAACUACAUGCCAUGUCCACAGUACUUUUUAUUUACUAAUUUUCCUUACACAUUGAUGGCUCCACAAAGAGCCAAUUAUUAACCAUACCUCCCCUGUUGACCAUUUUUCUCUUAUUGUUAUUAGUAUUUUUAAUGAUAUUCUCAAUAUCAGUAAUAAUAGUAACAUUGAUGAUAUUAACCCAUUCGCGACAGGUAAAAAUGAACAAAAAAUGGGGAAAAUGCUGUGCUCAUUUUUUAUAUUUUUUUUGUGAAAUGUCUCUACACUAGAUGGCUCUGUCUUACCUGAUUUCACCUUUACUUGAAUUGGUGGGAAAAUGUAUUUUUAGUAGUGCUAUGAAUAUCAAUGGUUAUUUUUAUUAUAAACAUUAUAAUUACUAUAAUAUUAUAAACAUUAGUAACAGCAAAAUAAGAUAAUGUAAAAUAUUUUCGUAAAUUAAAGAAAAGGGUUUACAGGCAAGACAGGCAGUACAAGUGUAGCCGUCUAUGUGUAAAAAACACUUAAACAAGUAA